ACACAGGCAGAGUAAAGUUGAGUGUUACAGAUGUGGUGGAGAUCAUUACGCUACUAAAUGCAAGUUUAUUGAGGCAGAUUGUAGGCUGUGUGGAAAGAAGGGACACCUAGCCAGGGUAUGUCGCAGUCGAAAAGAGAAGCCACAGCAGCAGAGGAAUCAUCCUAAAGCCAAGACUGGGUACCCACCACAACCUCAGCAGAAUAACAGACAACACCCAACUCACAACCUGGACCACAAGUCACAUCCUCUUCUCAUGGGAGACUCUGACCAAGAGGACUACCCAUUGUUUACUUUGCCUUCUGCUGGAAAACCUAUUGUUGUUUCAGUGAGUGUCAAUAAGGUUGACCUUUCCAUGGAACUGGACACUGGGGCUUCCUUAUCUAUAAUGAGUAAAGACACUUAUUCCUCUCUUUCUUCUACUCUUCCUCCAAUUUCUCCUUCUCAUGUCAUUCUAACUACUUAUACUGGAGAGAAGAUCAAGCCAGUCGGUGCUAUAGAUGUUGAUGUUUGUUAUCAGUCCCAGACUGCUACUCUACCACUGGUGAUAGUUCCUGGAAAUGGACCUACUCUACUGGGUCGUAAUUGGUUGGAAGUUAUCCGACUAGAUUGGUCCCUUAUUAAUCAUGUUAAUUAUAAUUGUUCUUUUUCUUCUUUAGGUGAAGUACUCCAGAAGCACGCUCCAGUAUUUCGUUCAGAAUUGGGGAAGCUGCGGGACUUCACAGCCAAGAUUCACGUCCAGUCAGAUGCGAAACCGAAGUUCUACCGACCACGUCCUGUCGCUCUAUCGCUGAGACAAAAGGUAUUCGACGAGAUAGAUCGCCUAAGGGGUUUAGGAGUUAUUACACCUGUAAAGUACUCAGAGUGGGCUGCACCCAUAGUUCCCAUUGUAAAGACUGACGGGUCUAUUCGAUUGUGCGGGGACUACAAAGUUACUGUGAACCCAGUUCUGUUAGCUGAUACAUAUCCACUACCUCGAUCAGAGGAUCUGUUCGCUGCCCUAGCUGGAGGAAAGAUCUUCUCAAAACUUGAUUUAAAGCACGCUUACCUUCAGAUACCGCUAGAUGAGGCUUCCAAGAAAUUUACAACCAUCAAUACCCCUAAAGGGCUCUUCCAAUAUGAGCGCUUCCUUUUGGAGUCUCAUCAGCACCCUCAUUAUUUCAACGUACAAUUGAGAACUUACUCAGUCACUUGCAGCAUGUAUGUGUCUACAUAGACGACAUACUCGUUACUGGUACUGAUGAUGCUGAUCACCUCAAUAAUCUUCAUGCUGUUUUGCAAACUCUAGAGGAGGCAGGACUCACUUUAAAGCAGUCCAAGUGUAAAUUUGGUGUUCCAUCAGUUGAGUACUUGGGACACAUCAUUGAUUCAGAUGGUCUACAUCCUUCAGAAGCCAAAGUGAAGGCUAUUCGAGAAGCGCCUACUCCUACUAACGUCACGGAACUGAAAUCCUUCUUAGGACUAUUGAACUAUUACCACAAAUUUCUACCAGAUGUAGCCACUGUAUUAUCUCCUCUUCAUCUACUCCUUCGAAAAGAUACUCCUUGGAAAUGGUCUCAGGACCAAGAGAAAGCAUUUCAAAAGGCUAAAGCCAUGCUUCAUUCCUCCUCU